AUGGCUAGUCCGGGUGAAACUAAAACUACUAGUGAUAGUCAACAAGAAGAAAUUAGUGCGUUACGUGAUUAUUUUAAAGAUAAUAUUCGUAUUUUAUCUUCUAUUGGACAAUUCUCCUAUAUUCUAAAAAUUCGAACUGAUCAAUAUGACGUUUCAUUAACUUUACAGUUAGAUGAAUCUUACCCAUCGAAAGCACCGGAAAUAAUUAUAACUGCACCUCGAUUAACUGCUGAACAAGUUUUACUUGUUCAACAACUUCUUCAAUCAUAUAGCAAAACAAUACUUAAUCAACCAAUGGUUUUAUUAAUUUAUUCUCGUUUACUUCAAUGGUUUGCUGAAAAUAAUAUUCAAACAUUAAAUGCUAAUUCAAAUAAUAAUAAUAAUACUACUACAAAUUCAUCAAAUACUUCUGCUUCACGUUCACCACCACAUUCAUUAAUAUCAAAUCAAAAUCAGAAUAAAACUACUCAAUCCGAUGAACCUAUUAAAAAAACUUCGAUGAAAACGUCGGAAGAUGUUAUAUCACGUAUUGAAUGGGAUACUCGUCUUGAUAAACGUUAUUUUCGUGUUGGUUAUAUCGAUCGUUUUCUUGGUUUACAAGAAAAAUCCUUUAAUGAUUUUGAUUUUCAAGUUGAUCUAUCAACAGUUAGUGAUCGACAUUCAAAUGUUCUUGCUAUACCUAAACAUCGUAUUCAAUAUUUUAAAUAUAAUAAUGAAAUUAUUUGGGAUAAAGAAACGCGAACUGAUUUAGUAUUUGGUUCAACUGGAAAUCAACAAACAGUUUAUGAUGUUAUAGCAAGACAUGAAAGUCUUAUGGAAAAUAAUUAUACACCUUCAACAUCUGACAAUGAUAAUAUAAUCGAAGACGGAGAUAUAUCAACUCCUUUACCACGUUAUUUAACAUUAACUGAUGGUGCAUAUAAACCAAAUUAUUAUCUUUCAAUACCGAUUAGUGAUUCAACUGUUAUUAAAAAUUAUAUAUCAUAUCGUGAUCAUUUACUUUCAUCUUAUCCAACAUGUUUUUCUUUACGUACAAAUUCAUCCGACGAUCCACCUCAUCUUCAUCUGACAUUAUUAACAUUAUAUAUUGAAUCAAAGUCUGAUAUUGAUCAAUGUAUUUUAGCAUUAAAACAAAUUCGAGAAGAAAUUCAUUAUCAUUGUUCAUAUCCUGAACAUAUAUGUUUAGAAUUUGAUGGUAUUGAAACAUUCUAUGAUAAAGUUUUAUAUGUUAAAUGUAAACAAAAUCAACGUUUAGAAAAUUUACGUACAUUAAUACUUGAACGUUUGUCUGAACAACAACAAAAACAAAAAUUAUCAAAUAUUUUUUUUGCUGGAAAUUAUUAUGAAUUUAUUCCACAUAUAACAUUAUUAAAAUGUAAACGAAAAUUUUCUUCAAUAUGUCAAAAUGAAUCCAAAGAAAUUUCAUUUGGUAAACAAACAAUUAAUUCAUUACAAUUAUGUUCAAUUGGUCAAAAUGAACAGGAGGAUACUAAUUGUGUAUUUAAACUUGAUUUGAGUUAA